UUACUACAUACUACUUAAUAGAAACUUUCUACAACAACUUUAACAUGUCUGUAAAACAUUAGUCAAACAUUAGAUUAACGUAUUUUUCCUUUGCAGGUGCGGUUUUCAUAUGACGGCGACGACCCAUCAGGACAUGAUGGCGUGGAAGGAUACGGAAAAUGACUGUUGCCAAUGAUAAUAAUCAAUUACAUUGAAUUAUUUAAGUAUUACUCGCAUUGCCGGCCUUACUUGGAAUGAAUGGAACGCUCGCUUAGCUAUGCCGCUUGUUACACAACUGCGCGAAGGUUCUCAACCAAUAGUAUUUCCAACAGAUUUAUCUAUAAAUGCGAUGGAAAAGUCACAAAGCAGUACGGCAGGGUCCACAGGAAGUUUAAGUGGCGUAGGUAUUACCGAGCGUGGCACUGCAAAAGAGCGUACUAAGUCACCAAAUAACAGAUCGGACACUCCAACUAAUGAAAUCAGCAGUGAAAGUGCAGCAAAAACAAGUACGCCGCUUAAUUGUAGCGCAAAUACUACCACUGGUAAUAGUGCUGAAAAAGGUACGAAUGGAACGUCAAAAUUGAAAAUAUUUUCGGAAGAAGAAGCUACAAUGUUAAUGUUAAAAGCUGCUGCUGAAAAGUCAGGUACUAACAAUAGUGGAAAUAUCAGUGAUAACAGUUAUGGUGAUGAUAAUGGAAACUUAAGUGGUGGUGGUGGCGCCGGUGGGGAUUAUCAUGCGACCAUUAGCUCUGCUGGCGCUUUUGCUGAUGUUGGCGGUGCAGCAGGUCUCUGCAAUAUUAAUAUUUUAAAUAGUAUAAGCGCAAUGAAUAGUCUAAUUGGAGGCAGUGGCAAUGGUGGAGUAAGCAUUGGUGCUCCAGGUGGUGCUGGACAUCCUUGCCCUGAAUGCGGCCGUGUUUAUAAACUAAAAUCAUCACUGCGUAACCAUCAGAAAUGGGAAUGUGGAAAAGAACCACAAUUUCAAUGUCCAUUCUGUGUAUAUCGGGCGAAACAGAAAAUGCAUAUUGGACGUCACAUGGAACGUAUGCACAAGGAAAAGUUCAUAAAAUUAGAUGAUAUUAAAACAUUUACAAGCUCCGGCGCAAGUGUCGGUGGUGACGACAGUAGCAGUGCUACUGCGACCGCCGCGGCGGUCCUUUCAACAGCCGCCGAACUAAGACAACAUUUUUCAUGUUGCCAACGACGACCAGGAAACUAUUAAUCUUACUGAUGAUUCUAGUGCAAUAAAUAAUUCUAAAAAAUCAAAUGCAACA